AUGGAGGAGGCAAACCCCACCCCCAUGGUAAUAACGGCCACCACCGACUUCUACACCUGGGAGUACAGCGUCUCGUGGGAUGAUGGCACGCUGCCUGAGCUGUGUGAGAAGCAGGCAGUGCAGGGCUUCGCCCGCACCUACCAGCCGGCCAUCUACCUGCUGCUCUCACUGCUGGGCACGGUGGGCAACGGGCUGGUGCUGCUCACACACACCCGCUACCGCCGGGCACGCAGCAUCACCGAUGUUUGCCUGCUGCACCUGGCCCUAUCGGACCUCCUGCUGCUGCUGACGCUGCCCUUUGCCGUCACUGUGAUGCUGCAGGGCUGGUCCCCAGACACAGCUGCCUGCAAGGUGCUGCAGGGCGUUUAUGCCCUCAACUUCUACAGCGGCUUCCUCUUCCUCACCUGCAUCAGCAUGGACCGCUACGUGGCCAUUGUGCGGGUGCCAGCUGCGUGCCGCCUGCGCCCACGGGCUCGUCGCCAUGGCUGGCUGACGGUGGGCCUGGCCUGGCUGCUGGCCACGCUGCUGGCACUGCCGCAGUUCAUCUACGGCAAAGCAGAACAGCACCAGGACCUCCACAUUUGCCGUGUUGUUUUCCCCCCGGCAGUGUCACGGGGAGCACGGGGAGCCACCAACCUCACGCAGGUCGUGCUGGGCUUUGCCGUGCCCUUUGCAGUGAUGGCAAGCUGCUACACGGCUGUGGCUCGGACGCUGCUGGCGGCUCGUGGCGCUCAGCCCCACCGGGCGCUGAGGGUGCUGCUGGCCCUUGUGCUGGUGUUUGUGGCCCUGCAGCUGCCCUACAGCUUGAUGGUGCUGCUGGACACAGCCGAGCUGCUGGCCAGCUGGGAGCUGAGCUGUGCACAGAGCCGCCGCAAGGACCUGGCGCUGCUGGUCACCAGCGGGCUGGCAUCCCUGCGCUGCUGCCUCAACCCACUGCUCUAUGCCUUCCUGGGCCAGCGCUUCCGCCGUGAGCUGUGGCUGCUGGCCAGCGAUGCCGGCUGUGUGGGGAACAUCGACCCGCGCUGCCCCGGCUGCCCCAGUCCUCGCCAGCGCUCAUCACUCUCCACCUGCCAAGAUGUGGCAUAGGAAUGUAGUGCCAUGCCCAGGGCAGGCGCCAGCAUCCGUGGGACUCAAAACCCCCCAGGG